AUGGGUGCGGGAAGGAAUGAUGACGCUAUUGCCGAGGCAUUGACGAUGUUGGCGGGUGCUAUUGGGCAAGUACCACAAGUGAAUGUUGGUAAUAGAGAAGAGGAUGAGUUUCGUAUUUUGAGAGACUUCCAAAGGAACAAUCCGCCGAUAUUUGAAGGAGAGCAUGAACCUAACAAGGCACAAGCAUGGUUGAAAGCGAUCGAGAAGAUCUUUCGAGUCAUGAAUUAUACCGAUGUGCAGAAGGUGCAGUUUGGCACUCACAUGCCAGAGAAAGAUGUUGGGGAUUGGUGGAGUAACACUGAAAACUUACUUCCGGAAGAUGUGCAUGGAAAGAAAGAGGUGGAAUUUCUGGAAUUGAAGCAAGGGAAUGGAACUGUAGCGGAGUAUGCUGCAAAUUUCCUAAAUUUGAUUAAGUAUUGUCCUCAUUACAACACUGUGAAUGCGAAAAGGUCUAAGUGUUUAAAUUUUGGGAAUGGUUUGAGGCAUGAUAUCAAGAAGGCUAUUAGUUACCAACAGAUUACUCGUUUUACGGAGUUGGUUAACAAGAAUUAUAUUUAUGAUGAGGAUAGUAGGGAGAGUUCUUCUCACUAUAAGUCUUUUAAUGAUGGGAAAGGGAAAGGACAGUAUCAUAGGAAACCUUAUGAUGAUAAGAAGAAGCAGAAAUCAGGUUAUGGCAAAAAGCCAAGCAGGGGAGGAGCUAUCACUCCAAUUAAGUGCUACAAGUGUGGUGUCGAAGGAAAUCAUGCUAAUGAAUGCAACAAGAAUUUUGGAAAGUGUUUAAAGUGUGACAAGCCUGGUCAUAAAGUUGUGGACUGUAGAGUUGGUUCGAGUGUGACUUGCUACAAUUUUUGUGAGCAAGGGCAUAUUAGUACCAAGUGUGAUAAGCCAAAGAAGGAGCAAGCGAAAGAAAAAGCGUUUGCAUUGUUUGGUUUUGAGACCAUUGUUGUUGAUAGGCUAAUCCGAGCCUUGGAAGUUCAUGAGAAGAGAACAAUUGAGGAAUUGCCAAUAGUUCGUGAUUUUGAUGAGGUAUUUCCUGAAGAUGUUAGUGAUUUACCGCCAGAUCGUGAAAUGGAGUUUAUGAUUGAUUUAGUUCCUAGAAUUAGUCUUGUAUCGAUGGCUCCAUAUCGGAUGUCAGCUUCUGAGUUGAAAUAG